GAAGUGAUAUAACUGCCUGUUUGUCUCUGUAAUACCAUGGAUUCAGAGGAUGAACCCUUGUUGCUCCAGGCUAUGUGGGACUUUAGUGAGUAUGAGGAACAAGAUGAGGAAGAAGAAAAGGAGGCUUGCAACGAAGGGGUUGAUGUGAUCAGGGGAGAACCAGGCUGUCGAGGGUUGUGGUGGGUGGUAGGAUGGAUUUACACUCGGCCCUGGGCCAGUGGAGUGGUUCUUACUGUAGGUUUCCUACUUCCCUUAAGUCUUUCUGCCUACAUGUUUGUCUAUUGCGAGCCCCUGGACAUUGAUCUCUCCUACAGUGCCUUUGAAGUAAGGAGCCAUUCAUCUGCAGAGCGUUUUGAUGCACUCACUAUUGCACUGAAAAGCCAGUUAGGAUCUUGGGAUAGACACCGGCGUGAUGCGGAAGUGUUCGAUUUUGACUCGAAUGCCCUUAGGGAUUUCCUGUUGUUGAAAUUAAACAAACAAGAGAAACAGCCAGUGGUGGCCAAUCAGACACAACUAUCUGAGGUUUUAAGAAAGAGGCAGGGUAAAUUUGACAGAGCACAAAAGCAAGGAGACAGAAUAAACACUAAAAUAGCGCAAAUGAUGAAAAUAUUGGAUGGUGAGGAACAAGAGGGGAAAAUGAAACAAAUUAGAACUGGGAUGGAAUCUAACAGAACACAAAUGAAUGAGGAGGACUCCAGCUCAGUCCUUGUCAGAAAGCCAAGAUUCGCAGGUUAUUCCUACCUUCAGACCCAGGCUCUCUGGAGGAUGGAGCUGGUGUUUGUGGCUCAGGGUGACAAGGACAACAACAUCUUCACCCCGGAGCGUCUUCACACCAUCCACCAUGUGGAGCGACUCCUCAUGCAACAUCCACAAUUCCAGCAGUUUUGCUGGAAGCCUUUGGAAGUGUUGAGGGACCUUCCUUUGGGACCUUCAUACUGCUCACCACCUAGCUCCCUCCUCUCCUACCUCUUCCCCAGUGAGCGAGGAGGGAAGAUCUACUUUGACGGCAUGGGCUCGGACCUGGCAGAUAUACAAGGUGCUUUGAGACUGGCAAUCACCCACCCGCAGUUUUAUUGGUAUGUCGAUGAGACACUCACUCCGGACAGCCUUCAUUCCUCCCUCCUCCGCAGCGAGAUCCAUUUUGGAGCACCACUGCCUUCCUUCUACUCUCUACAAGACCGGCCCCUGGAGCAGAGACGAAGAUUCAGGGACUUUGUGGUCCAGUAUGCUGAUAUUCUGGCUCAGCAGUCCACCAGCAAAGUGAAGGUGCUCUAUGGGGGUACAGAACUUUUUGACGAUGAGGUCAGAAGGACAUUCCACAGCGACAUGUUGCUGGCGUUAUUCAGUGGGGCCUGUAUAGCAGUCUUGGUCUAUAUCCUCACUUCUUUCUCAUUGUUUCUGACAUUCUUUGGCUUGGCUAGUAUUGGCCUGAGCUGCCUGGUGGCUCUGUUCCUCUAUCAUGUGGUGUUCAGGGUGAAGUACCUGGGCAUUCUCAAUGGCGUGGCAGCCUUCAUAAUCAUUGGAAUUGGUGUGGAUGAUGUGUUUGUGUUCAUCAGUACGUUCAGGCAGGCAGCUCAUGUUGUCGGAGCUGAGCAGCGCAUGAUCCACACGGUGAAGACAGCAAGUCGCGCCACCUUCCUCACCUCCUUCACUACGGCAGCUGCCUAUGCAGCCAAUGCCUUCUCCCAGAUCCCGGCGGUGCAUGACUUUAGUCUGUUCAUGUCUCUCAUCGUGAGUUGCUGCUGGCUCUGGGUGUCCAUUCUAAUGCCUGCUGCCCUCUGCAUUUGGAAUCAGUGCACUGCUGCCUACGCUAACACCUGUCCAAAAUGGUGGAAUACUCUGAAUAUGCUCUCCGUUAAUCUCAGCCCUCUUUCUGAUGAGGAUGAUGAUGUGGCUCUUUUGACUGUAGAGACAGAACCAGAUCUUCAUGAUUCCGAGUUUGAUGCGGCUCUGCUGCCUCUCCCAGAUGGCUCAACAGAAGGGAACAUUGGGUUGGUCAGUGCCAAGCUCCAGAGGGUACUACGAUUGUGGGUGGCUGAGCCUGCGGUGAAGAGACGCAAGGCAAUUAUAGCUCUAUAUGUAGUGGUACUGCUUGCUUCAGCAUGUUGCUGUAGCCUCCUGAAACCAGCCAGUCAUGCACCUGCACUCUUCCACCACAACACCAACUUACAGCAACUACUGGAUCUCCGUAGCAACCUGAGCGCCCAGGGGAUCUCGUGUCACAUGUGCUCAGGAGUGUUUAUGGAAACACCUCACAGCUUGCACAGCAGCGUUCAUGCCAUAAGCUCCACAUCAAGGAAAAACACCCAAUCGAGUCAAGCUGAAGGGAGUCCGAGACAGCGAAACACUGUUAACGCCACACACACUACAACAGAUGGCCUUCUGACAGUUUUUGUGUCUAAGCUGGAGGUAGAUGCACCUGUUACCCUCUACCGCUACUCCCUUAGUGCCAACAUGCCCGCUCCCUGGAGAGCGCUGAGCCCCAGGCAUGGAGACGUGCCAUCGUUUCAGGCUUAUAGCAGUCGCCAUGGCAACUUUAGUGCACAGCUUACAGUGUGCGUGUCGCAUGCUUACCAUCCACGGCCACGAUGGAUGUUGACCUUGGGGUCAUGUGACCCUCACCAUGGCUGGAGGUCCAACUUCAGCUUCUUUGUGGCACCUAAUGAGCAGAAGAACAGCAGGAAGUUGUAUUUUGCCCAGAACACCUUAAGCCCAUACCCUAGCCGUGUGUGCAAUGGACCACCAGGCUGUAUGGUCAGCUCUGGACAUGAUGGACCGACUCAGGGCAGUUUCUACACCCCUGUGCCUGCAGCCCCGGGAGAGGUGAAGAGUUCGAAGACAUCUGGCUUUAAUCCGUGUAGUGGAGGCGGCGGCUGUGGGAAGCCAGCAGUACGUCCACUGGUGGACACUGGAGCCAUGGUGUUCAUUGUCUUUGGGAUACUUGGGGUCAAUCGCACUCAACGUUCAGACAACCAUGUUAUUGGAGACUUGGGAAGUGUGGUCUAUGAUCCUGAUUUUGAUCUCUUCAAUGAAAUUGGUCACUUGUGCCAACUCUGCAAAGCCAUCAGUGCCAAUACACAGCUUGUCAAGCCUGGUGGGGCACAGUGCUUGCCUUCAGGCAACAGUCUCACAUCUAUUCUUCCUCUUCUCCACCCUGAGUGUCAGUCUCUUCCUGAGCCUAAUCUCUUGCCUGGCCAGCUCUCCCAUGGUGCAGUGGGUAUUCAGGGGGGACGAGUACACUGGAUAUCCAUGGCUUUUGAAUCAACCACCUACAAAGGAAAGUCCUCGUUUCAGGCGUACUCAGAUUUCCUGCAAUGGGAGAGCUUCCUGCAGGAGCAGUUAGCAUCUCUCCCACAAAGUUCAACUCUGCGACGGGGCUUCCAGACAUGCCAGCACUGGAAGCAGAUAUUCAUGGAGAUCAUAGGUGUGGAGAGCGCACUUUACAGUCUACUUCUGUCUUUGGCCAUCUGUAUAGCAUCGGUCGCUGUGUUUACUGUCCAUCCUCUUCUGUUGCUGCCUAUCCUGCUAAGCAUUCUGGGUGUGGUGUGUAUGGUGGUGGCAGUGAUGUACUGGUUGGGCUGGGAGAUGGGUGCAGUGGAGGCAAUCUCUCUGUCCAUCCUUGUUGGAUCAUCAGUGGAUUACUGUCUGCAUCUGGUUGAGGGCUUCCUGCUCGCUGGAGAUAAAGAAAACAUGGGGACUGUCAAUCACAGUACGGUAUGGGCUCCAAAAAGACAGACAUUAACAUCGAUUUGCAAGGAUCCAUCGACCGAGCGCCAGCGACGAACACUGGAAGCUGUCAAUCACGUCGGAGUUGCCAUAGUAUCCAGUGCAAUCACAACAGUGAUAUCCACCGUGCCACUGUUUUUCUGCACGAUUAUGCCUUUUUCAAAGUUUGGCCAAAUUGUCGCUAUUAACACUGCCAUCUCAAUAUUAUUUACCCUCGUCGUCACCACAGCCCUCCUAGCCACAAUGGGGCCUUCGCACUUCACCCGGCCACCCCGAGCAGUUCUCAAAGCCAGCCUGGUGGUGCUUGUGGUGGGGCUCUCAGGGUGUCUGUUCUGGUGGACUGGAUCACAACUGAUCCCCACCAGCUGGAACUCACUUAUUACAUAAGCCCAUAGGAGAUGUCUCCCAAUCUAUUAUUCAAAAGACUGGAGAAUCCAAAUGAAUUGUUGUGUUGUGACCAAGCUACAGAAUGUAUUUGGUGUGUAAAACAUUAGGAUGUACCCGAUACUGUAUACACGAUGCUAUUUUUGUUGACCUUAAAGGGCGGUCCUUGUGGAAUGCCUUAAAGGAAAGCGCCACCUUGCAUAUUAGUAGUAUUUCAUAAUCUACAUUGACUUUUUUUUUUUUAAGUAAACUUCUGUCAUCGUUUGUGUUCUGUUUUCACUUUGAUUAACAGUUGCCUAUAUUAACCACAAUACUGUUUGACUACCUGCUAAAACCAAUGGGAUUCAGCCCUCACUUCAUCUCUAUCUAAAGAGUGAAAUGCAGCAGAGCUUUAGCCCUUUAAUCUGUCCACCUCUUUCACUUCCACAUCUGGAUGCACUACUCAUAAAGAUCAGCUUCCAAAGCUUUAUCUUUCACGCUAAUCCUGCCAUCAGCAGCAUUGUGCUUGUUAUCUCAUAGAUCGCCAAGUAGCUGAGUCACAACUACUUCGUAUAGGCGCUUUGCAUUCUGGGUCACUGUCUAAACAUUUGCUGUCUCCAUUACGUCUUCAUUACUAGGACACUUAAAGCUAGACGGCCUUUCGAUUUCAGAAAAUCGGUGAAAUUUAGUUCCCUCUGAAAUGUGGUCAUUGUGAUAUAUGUUUAUUUCUGUAAUAUCUCACAAAAUAAUCAGGCCAUUCUGCAGUUGGGAAGUUAUUUAAUUUGAAGGGAUUCCCGAGUAAAUAAUGUGCAUGAAAUCGCUCGCUUCGUGCAGUCAAGCAGACAGAGGAAGUCCGUGUGUGUGUGUGUGCACGCGCAGGUUUACCUUUGAGCGUGCACUGCCAGUUCCAUCAUUCUGUUGCUAAACAAACAGCUGAUCUCACCGAGGUGCUCGCUGACCGCCGAUAUUUAUUAGUUUGGUCCUGCGUUUCCUUUCAUUUGUAUAUAACAUAACGUCUUUUCUUCUUGCUUUACGUUACGGUCCUUCACGUUUCAUUCGCACGCUCACGUCCUCCAUUUUUCUCUCCUGUUUAAAAUUUGUAUCCCACAGUGCCUUGCGUGAACGAGGAAAGCCUACCAUGUGAUGCAUGACGUAGUAUCUUGAAUCGCGUCAUAGCGAAGCAGGAAAAAAUAGCGGAGAAUUUAGGGCCACAUGGCUCUAAAUUCAUUAAUUGUUCUAUUUAAAAAUAAAACUAAUAAAAUUGGAAGUCUGUGAUUUGAAUUCAGUAGCUUUUGGUCCACUAAACAAAAAUAAUUGGGUGUUGGGAAAAUUCUCUUUAUGACCUACGCUUGAAAAAUCCGAAAGGCCGUCUAGCUUUAACAUUGUUGGAAUAUUGUACGUCAGAAAAGAAGUGGUGUUCUUUUGUUUUUCAGAGCUAAUACAGAUACCUAGCCAUUAUGUCAUACGUUUGAGAUUGUUGAAACCAUCGUAACUACCCUGGCAAUGUCCUCUUGUGACAUCAGUGCGGCAGACGCUCGCCAUCUUCUCACAGGAAUAACGAAAAUACAGCAUCAACCAACAAAUUAGCACGACAAUCACAAAGCACAUCACAAAUAUUUCAAUAUAAAACAUGUAUAAUGUGUUUCAGGGUGGACUUUUCCUUUAAACGUCGGCAGCGAACUUGGGGAAGACAAACGUGCACGUUGAUAAAAAGUCAGCCACACAACUCUCUUAUUAAAGAAGUAGACCAGAAAUGUUUUUCGUCAAAUCUUUAUCUGUUUGAACGAAUAAGAAUAAAAAGAUGGCAUAGCAAGAUUGCGGAUAUGCUGCCUACCUCAGGUUAUUAAAAAAAAAAAGGAAAGGGGGGAAAAAAGAACCUGUCCAAGUAUCAAUAUUGAAGAAAUGGUUUGGUAUGCUCCAGCUCCAUCCUAUGGGAGAGCUGAGGAAAAGUUCUUCUAAAAUAUUAUUGACAAAAUGUCACUCGAACGCAGCCAGCUCUACUCCUGAGAAAAGAAACUGGAGCUUUGACAUUGAUGAUGGUGUUUGAAGAAAAUGAGAUUGAAAAUGAAAUCUUUUUCAAUCUAGUCACUUGAUGGUACUGUGUAACCAUCGAUAGGUUACGAGUUGUGUUUUAAAGUACAAACCACAGAAGUAUUUUGUAUAAUGAUUUGUUUUGUGAAACUGACCAACAAGCUGUUCUAAUGGUUUUAUAUCACUGUAAAUCUGUAGUUAAGGUGUUCCUGUUGAAUUGCUCCUUUGAAGAAUGAUUUAUACGAUGUGUUGUAUAAAUGCUAUGCUAUUGGUUCU